GCAGCCAGCCUGCUGGAGGCCUAGGUCUGCAGUUGAGGAGAGGCCAGCCUGAGCCUACAGUGCCAGCACAGGACAGAGUUACCAGGCAGACCCAGGACAGGAUGAGCAGCCCAGUGCACCGAGUUUCGUUGGGGGACACCUGGAGCGGGCAAGUGCAUCCCGACAUAGACAGCGAGAGGCGCACACAGUCCUUCGAAGUGGAACGGCUCACCAACAUCCUUGACGGAGGUGCCCAGAACACCGCGCGCCGGAGGAAAGUUGAGAGCAUCAUCCACAAUGACCCAGAGUUUAGCUAUAAGGAUAACUAUUUCAUGACCCAGAAUGAGCUUUACGAGGCUGCCAUGCGGAAGACAUUCCACAUCCGCAUGCUGACACAGAGCCUGGGCUGGUCGGAAGAGGAAGUAAUCUACGCUUACAGAUCCCUGUCUGGAGACACAGUGUUAGGUCUGAACACAGUCUUCCUGAAAGCCCUCAGGAGCCUGGGCUCGGAGGAACAGAUUGCCAAAUGGGAGCCACUCUGCAAAACGUGCCAGGUCAUCGUAACAUACGCCCAGACAGAACUGGGACACGGGACAUACCUUCAGGGCCUGGAGACCGAAGCCACCUAUGACGCAGCCACCCAGGAGUUUGUGAUACACAGCCCCACGAUAACUGCCACCAAAUGGUGGCCUGGGGACCUGGGACGGUCGGCCACGCAUGCCCUGGUCCUGGCCCAGCUGAUCUGCUCAGGAGCCCGGCGGGGCAUGCACGCCUUUAUUGUGCCCGUCCGGAGCCUUGAGGACCACAGCCCGCUGCCAGGAAUCACUGUUGGGGACAUCGGGCCCAAGAUGAGCUUUAAUCAAUUGGACAAUGGCUUCCUGCGACUGGACCAUGUGCGAGUCCCGAGGGAGAACAUGCUGAAUCGCUUUGCACGGGUCUUGCCAGAUGGCACCUACAUCAAGCUUGGGACAGAACAGAGCAACUAUCUUUCCAUGGUGGUGACACGGGUGGAAAUUCUGUUGGGAGAGAUCCUCCCCCUGCUGCAGAAGGCUUGCGUCAUCGCCACGCGCUACUCGGUCAUACGCCGCCAAUCCCGGCUCCGGCCCAGUGACCCAGAAGCAAAAAUCCUGGACUACCAGACACAGCAGCACAGACUCUUUCCUCAGCUGGCCAUGAGUUACGCCUUCCAUUUCCUGGCAGUCAGCAUCUUGGAAUUCUUCCGGCGCUCCUACAAUGCCAUUCUGGACAGAGACUUCAGCCUCCUGCCUGAGCUCCACGCACUGAGCACAGGUGCAAAGGCCAUGAUAGCAGACUUCUGCAUCCAGGGAGCCGAGAUGUGCUGCAGGGCCUGUGGCGGACACGGAUACUCAAAGCUGAGUGGCCUGCCAUCACUGGUCACCAGAGUGUCGGCAUCCUCCUACUACGAGGGUGAGAACACAGUGCUCUACCUGCAGGUGGCCAGGUUUCUGGUGAAGAGCUACCGGCAGGCUCAGGUGUCCCCUGGAUCCACAUCACAGAGGUCUCUUCCUUCAUCUGUCGCGUAUCUUACUGCACCUGAUCUGUCCAGGUGCCCAGCCCAGAGGGCAGCCGACUUCCUCUGCCCGGAGCUCUAUACCACGGCCUGGGCUCACGUGGCAACCAGGCUCAUAAAGGAUUCGGUACAUCAUUUACAGACCCUGAUGCAAUCUGGGGCGGACCAGCACGAGGCCUGGAACCAGACCACUGUCAUACUCCUCCAGGCUGCUAAGGCGCACUGCUACUAUACCUCCGUGAAGAGUUUUAGUGAAGCUCUGCAGAAACUAGAAAAUGAACCUGCAAUUCAGCAGGUGCUCAAGCGUCUCUGUCACCUCCAUGCCCUACAUGGUAUCUUGACGAACUCAGGCGACUUUCUCCAUGAUGGCUUCCUGUCUGGGGCCCAGGUGGACAUGGUGAGAACGGCCUACCUGGACCUGUUCCUCCCGAUCCGGAAGGAUGCCAUCCUGUUAACUGAUGCUUUUGACUUCACUGAUCGUUGUUUAAAUUCAGCACUUGGCUGUUAUGAUGGAAAUGUCUAUGAACGCCUGUUCCAGUGGGCUCAGAAGUCACCAAUCAAUACUCAGGGGAACCCUGCCUAUGAGAAAUAUAUAAGACCAUUAGUACAAAGUCAGAGAUCCAAGCUAUGAAACAACCAACAACAUUCAAGAAGCAAGCAGCACCACUACGUGAUAAUGGUACUAUGGCAUAUAUAUAAAAUUAAAAUUUAAAAUUA